AUGAACAUUCAAGGCCACAAAUUGUGGUGGCCUUUGUUUUUUAAUUCUGUUGUUUUAAUUCUGUUGGUUGCGCAGAUGGCGGAUUGUGAAUUAAACAAUGAACCAGAAAUUGAAAAAAGAGUAAUUUCAAUACCCCCAGACAUAACGAAGGAUUUCUGGAAGAUUAAUACUCUUGUGAAAAAUAUUUUUACAAAGGGGACGAUAAAUGUAAAUAAAGAGUUGGAAAAGCUGCAAGUAUUAAAUCCGAAUAUCUUAAAUUUAUUUAAGUACAAAAAAGGAUUUGAAAGAUUAAAUAUAUAUGUUAAAAGAGAACUUGAGAAGAAGAACGAUGCAGCGAUAACACAAACCGAUUUGAUAACAAAUUAUGAGGUUUAG